AUGGGAUUUUGGGAUUCGUUUCAGGUUUAUAAUAAAGAUAAGCAUUCAGAUCCGCGCAUGUUCGGUGGAAAUCACUCUAAUAUAGGCGAGCAGAAGACAACGUACUUGUACUCGCACGAGUACUAUGAGCCUAGGACGCAUAAAAAAAUGGUCGAGAACCAGGAACUGGUUAUGGAUGGAGAUAAACUGGUGAAUGCAAGGAAGUCGUCGGUGUCUUCAGAUUCGUCCGAGGCGUCCGGUAUUGGUGGUGAUAAGAUAAUGGGCUCGGAAAAUGCGAACACUAACUUGGUGGAUAUUUCGCAGCUAUCGCCUAAUGAGUUCAAGAGACUUUAUGAUUCGAUGAGGAAGGGCGAGCCCGAUAACAGGGUCAAUCGCUGA